GGCCAACCAGCAGACCAAAUACUGUGGGGCAUUGGACAGCUAGCGCUAUGAGGAUGACAGCUUCUCUCCCCCUCACUCAACCUCACUUCUUCACUGCAUCAUACAUCAGUCGCAACUCUUCUCGAUGGCUCCUCUAAACCCGCUCGGCCACAUCUCCAUCGGCGUCCGCAAUUAUGACGUCUCAAAAGCCUUCUACUCCGCUGUUCUUGCACCUCUCGGCCUGAAACUGGUGUACGACAGCGAAGUCAGCGCUCCGGGCAAAAAGAAAGUCCGCACUCUUGGAUAUGGUCCCGAUGAAAACUAUGAACUUAUUAACAUCUUUGAGGUUGGCGACGACGCAGCGCCGCCCGGGCCAGGGUUCCAUUUGGCGUUGAACGCCCCGACACGGCUGGCGGUUGUCGAGUUCCACGCCAUGGCUGUCCAGUCGGGCGGGACGGACAAUGGACUGCCUGGGUUGAGAAAGCACUAUGGCGAGACCUACUUCGCUGCAUUUGUGGUUGAUCCGGACGGAUGGAGGUUGGAGGCUGUGUGUAAGGCGGAUGAGGCGACAGAUAAGCAGAAGUGAAGUGUUGCUUAGCAAGAGAACGGAGCACGCCUGUGAGAGGCCAAAUGUGGACCAUGAGGGCUAGUAACUUGGCGGUACGUCC